AUGGCGUUGUGUAACUCUGGCCUCUGGUCCAACCCGUGUGAGCUGAGCUGCCUUGCCCAUGGGCACAACUUCUACUUCAACUUUGGCCGCGUGUUGGACGGAACUUCCUGUAGCAAGGAGGCGGGGGCUGUGUGUGUCAACGGACGAUGCUUGAUGCCCGGCUGCGACUACAUCCUGGGGUCCGACCAGCAGGAGGACGCCUGCAUGGUGUGUGGGGGGCACAACAGCUCCUGUCUGCACCACAAGAGUGUGUACCAGAGCACUGGCCAGGAGGCAGGGGGCGCUCUGGGAUACAACGAGGUGGCCAUGAUACCAGCCGGGGCCACGCACAUCAGAGUGACCGACAACAGCAGGAACUAUCUGGCUCUCCAGAACGGCCACUCCCAGUUCGUGAUCAACGGCCACUGGAAGAUCAGCGUGCCCGGGGAGUACAGCGUGGCCGGCACCAAGCUGCUCUACCGCCGCUCCGCCGACACCUGGGAGAGCUUCGAGGUGUCGGGGCCGACCCACGAGGACCUGCACGUCAUGGUGCUGGCGACCGACAGCAACCCGGGGAUAGAGUACGAGUACUGGCUCCCGCCCGACCGCUACGACCUCUACCACGGUCGGAGGAGCCCCCUGCGUCAGCCCCACCACACCGGCUACCCGCCCUGGGCUCAGCCCCCCUCCAUCACCACCACCACCACCACCACCACCUCCACCACCACAACCAGCCGGCCGCCGCCUGUCUCCGUCAGACCAAAAUGGGUUCACCCAGGGGGCAGACCGGCCAAGCCCAAACGCCCGACCUCCACGCACGACCGCCACCGCCCGAGCCACCGCCCGGACCACCGCCCGGACCACCGCCCGGACCACCGCCAGCCCAUCCUGCCUCGUCUGGAGAGGGAGGACAGCCACAGGAACCUCCUGCCCCACUCCCCUCCUGACAGGUACUGUGGGAAGUGUAGGCGGGUCCGGGGUCGCGGGGAACGCCAGCGCCAGUACUGCACCAUGGACUUCGUGUUCCGGGCCAAGGUGAUGGGGAAGCUGUACCGCGGGGAGGAGACGCGCUACGACGUGCAGGUGCUGCACACCUACCGCAACCGCUACCGCCUGGAGCACCGCGAGUUCCUGUGGGUGUCCAACGUGUGCGACUGCCCCCACCUGGAGCCGGGCCGGCAGUACGUGCUGAUGGUGCGGCGGCACAUCAACCACGAGCGCACGCUGGACCGCAUCCUGCUGGAGGAGGGCAGCUUCGCCACGCCGUACCGCCCCAGAGAGGACGCCCUGCUCAGGCCCCUGGAGGGGACCUGCAGCGACAGGGGGGCCAAGGGGGCGGCCAAGGGGGUGGCCAAGGGCGCGGCCGAGCUCAGGGGGUGA